AUGUCUCGCAACAAUCCGUUCCCAACACGCGAGCCCUUCAGACCUUCUCAGGGUGAAGUCAACAUGCUCAACUACAUGACUACUCAGCUCUCCAUCAAAAGCCCCUACAAAAGAUAUCCUCCUUAUGGCGUACCAUGUCCUGAAGGCCCAAUGACAUACCAACUUGCUAUCAGACGUGAGAAAUGGUGGGAGAUGCUUGAAGAUUUGGCUUGGAAGGAGAGGUUGAUGAUGGAGAAGGAGGAGGCGAAGGAGAAUAUCAGGAUGACGGAGGAGGUCAGACAAAAGGAGGAAGUUCGUAAAAAGGGACAAAAGAAGGAAACUUGGACACAAGAGGAUCAUCAGAAGGAGAGGAAAGACAGUGCCGGGCUCAUUGUGGUUGCCGAGGAUGUUGCGGCCAAAGCCAACAAAAGCGAGCCUGUUUGCGAGGAUGUCGAUGCUGCUUCGGCAAUCUACGAAUCUUCUGAAGAGGAAGAAGUCGAGGGAGAACAGGACAUGCCCGAGCAGAGCAAGGAAGUGAAGGUCAAGAAGAAAAAGGGCAUGGUCAAGGAAAAGGACAAGCCGCACAAGCAUGAGCACAAGAUCCGAAGAGUGCGGCCUUUGCAUAACAUACGUUCCUCGGUUACAGGCAGAAAAGGGUCGGCAUCAAGUCACUAUUCUACAUCUCACACGGCCUCCCAUUCGGAGGCAGGGGUCAAGGUGGAGGUCUAA